AUUUGUAAACAGUGAAAAUUGUGGGAAAUUCGGAUUGCGUGACACAUCUUGUCAGAAAUUCGUUCCUUCUGUGAAUUAAGAGAUCUGCAUCAGAGCAAGCCAUGGAGCCGCGCCGAUCAGGUCGGCCUGUGAUCAAGCCGGUAAAGUUCUGGGAUUUUGAAAAGCCUGACUUUUCAAAGACUGAGCAAAUUUCGUACAGCAUCUCAGAACUUACAAGAACGUUUGUGCGUUCUGAUUCAUCAGCUAAACCCAAGAAGCAGUCCCAGGUCAAUGGGGUAAAUCAGGAGAAUCUGAAUCCUCAAAAACACAUAUCCAAGAAGACCGUCCAGUCAGCGAAGCCUCGUAAACACCAGAGGGUGAUUAACCAUUCAGAAGAUACAAAAACCUUGAAGAAAAAAAAUGACGAGACAAGCCCAUCAAAAACAAGUCUAAAAUCAGCCAGCAACCCUGAUGCAACACCUCUGCCACAAGAGAAAGCUUUAGCAAGAAGGAAACUUGUCAAAGAUUUUAAAAGGAAAAUAAAAAAUCACCAUAGCACGUUUCAGACUACAUCCGACUCAACAAUGUGCACUGUUUCAGUAAUGAAUGCCACAGAUAUAAGCCGCCGUAGUGGGAGAGUGAGAGUGAAGCCUCUGGAGUUCUGGAACUUUGAGAAGAUCGAAGUGAAGAAGUCCGAUGACGGCCAAGUGCAAGUGAUAAGCCGCAAGCAGGAUAUCAUGGAACAGCGGAGGAGAACACCGUGGGAAAUGGUUAAAACGGUCGCAGCUCCUGCCCUACCCCCACCUGUCCCAAAGCGGGGGAUUGCGACUCAGAGCAAGGACAUGAGCCCACAAAAGAGAAGAAAGAGCGAAGAUGAUCCAGAAGAAAAUGGUGUUGAUAAAAGAAGAAAAGAACCCCAAAAAGUGGUUGAAGAAGACAAUGGACAAGGUGAGGCUGAAGAAGCUAUACAGGAAAACUUGAAGGAAAAGAUGACAACUGUAAAAGACAUUGGUAAGGAACAAGCGAUGAAGGACGAUGAAAGUGGAAGUGAGGACAACUUGCAAGAAGAGAAGAGAGAGGAAUCCAAAGGCAAAGAAGGAGAAAGAAUAAGAGAAGAGACGUCCCAUGAAGGAUCUCCGGAGAAGAGCUUGCAGGUGAAGAAAUUCAAGGACCUUUAUUUCCUGCACUACGGGAUGAAUGACUGCAACUGCUUCUUGGCUAAGAGCUACGAGGACCCCAAGCGCGGGGUGUUUGUUGGCUUCGUUUUCUUGGAGAGCGGCAAUCUCCUGUGGCAGGCGAAGAAGGACAUGUUUAUUAAGGUCAUUAGCGGACGCGGAACACUGAAGAUGGUGAAUACAGAAACAAUGGAAGGAAUACGUGUGACACUGAUAAAUAAAGGAAGUGCUACUAUUACUACAGGCAUGAAAGCAGAAAUCUCUAAGGACCGAAGGUGUAAGAUGUUCAAGUUCUUUGUUGAAAUAAGCAGCGCAAUAAGGAGAAAUGACUAGGUUGAAAACAAGUUGUAAUACUACACACAUCCACAUAGGAUGAUUUCCUAUCUUAGAGAAACGAUGACAUGGCAAGUCUGAAAGUAAUUUUUUUCAUUUGUCGUCAAGAUUUCUUAACUUCUCUCGUAUCCACAUAGGAUGUUUUCCUACCCAAAAACAAAGAGAUCACUUAGUAACACUAAAAGUAACGUUCAUGAAUUUCUUGUGCUUUUCCACAGACUGUCAUGUUUUAUGAGAAUGUAAAUCAUAACCGUGAGUGUUUAUAAGUAAAGCAAUAGAAAUGAAAUUGAAAAUGUGUUUGUUAUGUACUGAUCAACAUAGUUGAUACAUGAGAAACAGUAUAUUUUUAUAUUCCAGUUUUGUAUAAUUGUCAGGUUUGUGAAUAUCAUAAGUGACACUCCUCUGAUUCCUUGAUUGUAUCAUCACUGAUUUUACAAUAACACAUAUAUUUCAAUCCAACAUAGAUCAUUUCUCUUCAGAUUAAUCUUUUCUGUAAUUAGAAACACAAUUAUUGUCUUUUUCCAGCUGGUUCAUUCCAUGAAUAUCUAAUGUGUGUCUUAGCAAUUAUAACUUCAUUCAAAUGUAUACUAAUAAUAGAAUGGCACAAGAGUUACCCUGCAAUUUGCGAGAGCUUUAGCUUUUUUCGUCUCUCAUUGUCUUCCUCCCUUUUAACUUGUACAUUUACUUUUUUUCUUCCAUUAACAAUUGUACAUAUGUAAUUUACUUUGGAAAUCACUCUCUCUAAUUAUUAUACAUAUAUUCUUUAUGCAGAAAAUCCAGUAAAAAUGUAAAGUCGUUUGUAGAAAAGAUAUUUGAAAAUAAAAUGAGAUAAUUCA